ACAGGCACUAAGACGGCUGUAGGUUUGCGUAUAGGGUCUAUGUUGUUAGAUAGUUCCUUGGGUUUUGUACCUGCGCCACAUAUACAGCACGUGGCCGCAGCCCAGUGUGCGAAGUUCUUUGACAACAUCACAGACUACACCGACGAUGAAGUGGGUCUCCUGUUGUGUGCUAUACAGACCAACCCCAUGGCUAUGCGUGAAAACUUCUACCUGGGCACACGCGCCUGCAGACGAAGAAAACCCACAGACGUGCGCAAGACACCACUCAAGACUGUGUUUGAAGUGGCGAAUAACUACAAUCUCGUAGAGUUCCGUGCGAUUGUGGCGACCAUCCGAACCCGCAUGAUGGUGCGAGGCAUGCGUGUGUUGGACGCGUUCAGGCUGUCCUCUGGCCCCACAUCUGAACCGAAGACCUCUGCCAGCCCAGGUAUGAAUUCAGGUGCAAACGCCCAGUCCAAGACACCGACCAAAAAGGCACAGGCACCCAUGGUGCCCAUGAAACCCACGGGUCAGACCCGGGCAAGAUCACAAGGAAGUGGCUUCAACCUCAAUAUGAACAUGACCACCACCACGCCGAGUCUGGGUGCGCAUCCCGGAUCAACUGCUUCAACCACAACUCCCGUAAUGGGUAUGGGGCUGGGUGGUAUUGGCGCGAAGAAGCCCAGUAGCACAGGCGAUGCCUUUGCAGGCUUAGGCUCCACCAGUGCGGGGUACGGGUCGGUGAAAGCGGGCCAGGGAACUACAAGCCGUCCGCAGGGCAUGGGCGUGCCCCCACCCACUAACCUAACCGCACGGCAACAGCAACAGCAACGUAUGAUGCAGCAACAGAUGCAAAUGCAACAGCAGGCCAUGAUGUCCAUGCAGAUGCAACAACAACAACAACAACAACAACAAGGAGGGCAACGGCGACCACCCUCUCGUCCGAACAAUGAUCCUUUUUCAACAUUCAAUCCAUUUGGAGGCGACACCAAGAAGCAAAAGAAAAAGGACUAGUUCAUAGGCGCAGAUGGCUAUCACAAGCCGAUACUGUAUGUACAAGCAGCAGUACUUAGUAUGGUUCACAAUCAAUUUUCAAUAAAUACUUGAAUUGCUA